GUCAAAGGCAUUGUCAGCAUAGUUACGCACUCAGCUUUGCCUGCACAAAUAUCUCCCAAGGUUUCUCCGUGACCGGUGGAGCGAUAGGAGAGAUAUCAGACGAGAAAUAAUUUGUUGUUCUGGUGUAUUGUUUCCUUGGUAACCGCGGUGGGUGUUGAUUAGCCUGCCUAAUUACAUUACGCACGGCUUGGGUGCUGUCGGUCGUCAAAUGGUCCAUUUGGUGAAUGGUGUCGUACUGUGACGUAAGAAAAGCGUGAACAACAGGCGUGUUUUGUACCGUACGUGUGUGAAAACCAAGUGCAGGUGGUCCCAGAACAACAGAGGACGUAAGGCGACGGGUAGACAACUUGUUUUCGCACGAGUUUCCGACGUAUGCACAAAAGGCCACAAGUCUGUAUAGAUCGAGAAGUCGGACAAUUUGUCUAACAGCCACGACGACGGUCUUUCUCAGAAGAUCAACAUGGGUAUCGUAACUUCGAAGCCGAAGAAGCCCAAGUAUCGCGUCUCGGUGAAGACCGGAGACGUGCAGUUCGCAGGCACUGACGCCGACGUCUACCUGGCGUUCUACGACGGCAACGGCAAGCGUUCACGUGACGUCAAACUGGACGUCAUCUGGAGGAAUGACUUCGAACGGGGGAGUACGGAUGUGUUCAAACUGGGUGACCUGGGACUGACCGGACCCAUCAUGCAGAUAGAGGUAUGGCGGGGCCGGCUGCCUGACGACUGGUACGUGGAAAAGGUAGAGAUAGAGAGAAUGGGAGAAGGAGAAACAGAUGUGUUCCCGGUUCAUCGCUGGAUCAGGAAGCAAACACGACUGAAGCUGACUAGAUGGGACUCCGUGCUGCCGCAGUUCGACCCCAACCUGGAACAGAGACAGCGAGAGAUGGAAGAAAUGAGGGCCAACUACGAGCUCAUGGUACCACAGGAAGGGCUUCCUCCUAAGAUUAAGAACCUACCACCUGAUGAGGACUUUUCUGCUGACUAUAAGUGGAACGUUGCCAAGCGACGAGUGAACAUCCGGAUGCAGCAGAAGAUCAGCAGCCUGACCACGGGCAGGUUCAAGACCUUAGAUGACCUCAUCAACGUGUACGAGGGGGUUCUGGGAACACCCAAGGGUGUAGAAAACUGGAGAGACGACCGUGAGUUCGGCAGGCAGCGACUGUCCGGGUGUAACCCCAACAGGAUAACACUGUGCACGGAGGUGCCCAACAAUUUUGCAGUGACCAAUGAGAUGGUGGAGCCCUUCCUUGAAGGCCGCUCAUUGGAUGACGCACUGCAGGCCAAUAGAAUCUUCAUGGUCAACUACAAAGUCAUGGAGGACCUUGACCUUGAGACUUCAGAUGGCAGACAGCUGUGUUGCCCCAUGUGUCUGCUGUACAGGGACAUUAAUGACGAACUGAACCCCAUCGCAAUUCAGCUCUUCCAACAUGGAGACCAGAAUCCGGUGUUCCUUCCCUCCGAUCCUCCUUACACCUGGCUGCUGGCUAAGAUGUGGUUCAACAACGCAGACGCAUCAUUCCACCAGUCCACUACCCACAUUGGUCUGACUCAUCUAAUGGCUGAGCCCUUUGCGGUCUCCGCUAAAAGGCAGCUGUCACGGUCCCACCCACUAUUCAAGCUCAUGGCGCCACACUUCAUAUUCCUCAUCCCCAUCAAUUUUAAGGCCCUUGCCACUCUGAUGGCCCCCAAUGCUUGGGUGGAUGAAAACAUGGGCAUCGGCAGACAAGGGACCUACAAUCUCAUUAAGAAAGUGUUGAAGGAAUGGCGCCUAGAUGUUCAAGGAACACUACCAGCAGACUUAAAGAAUCGUGGGGUUGAUGACCCAGACAUACUGCCUGGCUAUUACUUCCGGGAUGAUGCAACCCUCCUCUUCAACGCCAUCCACAAGUACAUCAGGAUGGUGGUAGAGGCAGUCUACGAUGACCCAUCAAAGAUCACAGAAGACUAUGAACUGCAGGCCUGGGCUAAGGAGAUUGUUACACCAGCAGAGGAGGGAGGGUGUGGCAUGCAGGGUAUUUCUGGGAACGGACAGUUCACCACGACAGACCAGAUUGUUGCCGUGGUAACGGCAGUUGUGUACAUCUGCAGUGCUGGUCACGCCGCCGCUAACUUUGCACAGUACGACGAGUAUGGCUUCCCGCCAAACUACCCCGCAUAUCUGCAUGGACAACCGCCCAGGGACAAGACACCAAGGACCGAGCAGGACAUCAUUGACCAGCUGCCGGACAAGAGUAAGACCCUGGAGAUGAUGGUCAUCACGCGGAUGCUGAGUGACCGCAGCACCAACGGUCUGGGCAUGUUUGAAGUGGAGUACAUGUAUGACCCUGUGGGCACCAAGGCUGUGGCAGAGUUCCGUAAGGACCUGGACAAGAUUCAUGAAAUCAUCAAAGAGAGGAACAAAACCAGGAAACAGCCUUAUACGUAUCUGGAUCCAAGGGAGGUCCCUAAUGCCAUCAGCAUCUAAAGUAUGAUAAAAUAUGUCUGGCCAAAUCUGAAGUUCCAGUCCCAACUAUGCCAAGUUUUUGUUUGUAACUGUUCACCAUUGAUUAGUCACUGAACUGGAGUACUAUGUGACUGUAUAGAACUCUAUAUUUUACCUAAAUCUAUUUUAGCAAUGCACAAUGUCAUUUAUUCAUUCAUUCAUUUAUUUGUGUUAUAGAAUAACAGUGAACAGUUGUAUAGUAUAAGGCUAAACAUGUAUAUUCAUAUAAUAUAGAGGACUGUUAUAUUAAGGUUAACAAGCCAGUAUGACUGUAACAUCAAAACAAUACUGAAAGUGAACGAAGCAUCCCUUAAGAUGUGAUAAAAGACACUGUGUAAUAGGUUUCAAAACAAAGCUCACAGCACACAUACAUGGGUACAUUAUAUCAUUUAUUGAUUCAAGUAAAAACUUUGAAAAGUGGAGUAAUGAAAUGUGCGCUUUUGAUUGUUGGGAUCAUUCCCUAUAGAGAAAUAAUGCUUUUACGUGUAGGCAAUAAGUGCAUUAACUACUUCAAGUUUUUCUAUUCUCCCACGUACACCUCCAGACAGCAUUCAAGAGAGUGUAAACUUCAGUGUUAAGGCAGAAUGAAUUUCCCAUUAUCUUUACCCAACUUAUAACUGCAAUCUAGUGUACAUUAUUGGUACAAUGUAUUUACAUGCUUGCACUGCUGCAGUAUAAAAGGAUGCUAGCAGGAAUGUCCUGUUUUGCAACAUUAUUUUUGGUGACACCUCGGGGGCUAAGCCAAAUUGCAUAUUAUGAGAAAAAUUGUUUUAGCAAUGGUUGAUAGUUUAAAAAACUGCUUGAUUCUUACAGUAUAUAUUUCUUCAUUCCUUCAUGUACAUGUAAAUAGGUCUACAAAUGAUUGAAAAUCCACAUCCUAAGUAUACAGCCUAUAGAUAAUAAUAUUUCUUCCUUUAA